AUGGCUGCUGAAGGACUGCGACCGCUUGCCGGCAUCAGGGUGCUCGAGCUUGCAGGCCUCGCUCCGGCGCCAUUCGCAGGUCUCGUCCUCGCCGACUAUGGCGCCGACGUUGUUCGCGUCGACCGGCAGGGCACGUCCUUCAAUGUCGACACGCUCACACGAGGAAAACGCUCGCUUGCCGUCUCGCUCAAAUCGCCGCAAGGUAUCUCCCUCCUUCGCACGCUUCUCGCUCCACCUUCGAGCACCGAGGACUGGCGAGCAGACAUCUUGAUCGACCCAUUCCGGCCGGGCGUGCUCGAAAGGCUUGGGCUCGACCCGAAGGACCUGCUGGAGAAGAAUCCGCGGCUAAUUGUCGCUCGCUUGACUGGCUUCCGGCGUGAAGGCCCGUAUGCUAAGAUGGCUGGCCACGAUAUCAACUACCUCGCCUUGUCAGGCGUCCUCCCGAUGCUCGGCAGGAAGGGCGACAAGCCUUACUUCCCCGCCAACUUGCUUGCCGACUUUGCUGGAGGCGGAAUGAUGGCCGUCUUGGGCAUUCUGGCGGCGCUCAUCGAGCGCACGAAGAGCGGCAAGGGCCAGAUCGUCGAGAUUGACAUGGUCACCGGCACUCGCUACGCUUCCAUCUUCCCCUUGACAAUGGCCCGCCCAAGUCUCGGUCUGCCCAUGUGGUCCGAACCUCGCGGCGAGAACAUUCUCGAUGGCGGAGCGCCGUGGUACGACGUGUACGAGUGCAAGGACGGGCAGUACAUGAGCCUCGGACCGAUCGAGAAUCACUUCUACGCCGAAUUCCUCGACAUUCUCAUCAAGAACGUCCCUCCUUCCCUCCUUCCCUCUCCCCACCCGACCGCGUCCACCCAGCUCGACCGCUCCACCUGGCCCUCACUGGUCUCCUUCUUCACCGCCGGCUUCCGCACCAAAACCCGCGACGAAUGGUCUCGCAUCUUCCUCGGCACCGACGCAUGCUGCGUGCCCGUCUUGAAUCGCCAGGAGGUGGAUUCCGAGGGUCGAGGACCGGAUGAACCGGAUCGUCAGUUGGGUGAGGAGGAGGCUGAGGAUGGUGGAGGCUUGCCGACGCCUACGCCGAGACUGAGCAGGACGCCUGCGAGGGCGGGAGAGGCGGAAGAGGCGUUCCUUGAGCCGGGGAGGGAUACAGUGGAGAUUCUGCAAGCGGCGGGACUCGGCGCGAAGGUCGAGAAGCUCGUCAAGGCCGGGGCUGUGGGUGCGGGAGAGUCUCGCUCGAAACUGUAA